AUGACUGUGCUCUACCCUAAGGUCGUGGACUUCGACAAGUGUCACAGAGUAACCCAGAAUGAACACGUCAUGGGACUGUUCAAGGUCUCCAAGGAUAAGCAGGCCCUCAAGGUCAGCAAGAAAAGGGUGGAGAAACACGUCUGUGCCAAGAGAAAACGAGAAGAGCUUAGCAAUGUCCUGGCCACCAUGAGGAAGGUGGCUGCCAAGAAGGCUCGAGCGUACACCACUGUCCCCUAA